CGUGUCGAUUGCCAACCGAUGGAUUGUGAUGGUAUUUUAAUGUGAUUAUUAUUUUACGCGAAAACUGAAUUAUCUAGUGAAGCUUGCUCAAACUUUAUUACUUUUACUUAUAGGUACGUAAAGUUUUAUUUGUAAACUUAAAGCAAAGUGGGAAUACAUUGUUAAAGUGACCAUAUUGGGCCGACUCCUGUUGUACCAUACUUUUACAUUUAUUUACCUUUGACUGUGAUUUCUUAUCAUAAUAAUACACGUGUUAAGUGAUUUCAUUGUAUUACUCAACAUCCUAAACAUAAGAACACUCAGGUACUUUGAGUGAGCGGGACGGCAAACAUCUGUCACUCAGAAUCGUACAAAUCGUCGGAGGAGCGUCACGUUUUCUUGAUUUGCAAACUGUUAUAGUAUUUUUUAAAAGGAUUUAUAAGAAAAGAAAAGUGUUUCCGUGAAUAAUAAGUGGCAUUUGUGAACAGUGACAUUUUGAUUUAAAUAUAUCGCUAUAUUCCGUUCAUGUUGUGCUCAAAAACCUGCAGUGCUCAAAAAUAACAGUUCCUCACAAUGUAAAGUGUAUUCUUGCACAGUACUUGCGUCCAAACGGUGAAUUGAAACGUGUAAAAUUUAAGUGUUAAUAGUGUUUACCUCGCUAAAUGCAUAGAGAAUUGAUUGGUUACGCCAAAUUCAAUACAGUGCCAUCUAUUGUCGAGUAGUAUGGUGUAGUCAGUUGAGCUUGUUCGUGAAAAUUGUGUACAGUGCCAUCUCUUGUGGAAUAGCAUGAGAGAUUAAUGAAAUGGAAGCCGGUUUUAUACCGGCCACUACGGUGGGGAGCGGUGGCGUGGUACCGCCCCCCGCCGUGAUGGCGCCACCAGCGAAUGUGAUUCGCGCGCCCGGAUUGAAACGCGGGAAAAUGGAAGAGGCCAUUUCUGACAGGAUUAAAUUGGAGACUGUGCUCGGGCUGACAGUAGGCAGCAAUGCGGCGCUCGAUUGCGAUCCCAACACCGAACUGGUCGCAUAUCCAGCUGGAUGCACAGUGGUCCUGUACAAUGUCCGCAAAAACCGUCAAUCGCACGUCCUCAACGCGUCUCGAAAGAGUGUCACUUGCGUGGCGUUCUCACCGGACGGGAGGUACCUCGCGACGGGGGAGUGUGGCCACGCGCCCGCCGUCAGAGUGUGGGACCUACAGGACCCAACGGCAUCGGGGGCGGUGCAAAUAGCAGAAUUCCCCGGGCACACGCAUGGCGUCAGCUGUGUGGCCUUUUCAACGUCCUCCAAGUAUCUAGUCUCCGUGGGCUCCCAGCACGACAUGAUUGUCAACGUGUGGGACUGGCGGAAUAACCUCAAACUAGCUAGCAAUAAGGUGUCAUCUAGAGUGAAGGCGGUGUGUUUUUCAGAGAGUGGUAACUACUUCGUCACGGUCGGGUUUAGGCACGUCAAGUUUUGGUAUCUAGAAUAUUCCAGGAAUGCUAAGUUCAAAGAGCCCGUGCCCCUAAUGGGCCGGUCGGCGAUACUAGGGGAGCAGAAAGACAAUGAGUUCUGCGACGUCGUCUGCGGGAAAGGCGACGCUGCGGAUAGCACUUACGCUAUUACUAGAGGGGGGCUGCUCUGUGAAUUCAAUAGUAGAAGAUUGCUGGACAAGUGGGUGGAGCUUAGGACAACUUCAGCAAAUUGUAUGGCGGUUGGGAAUCAGUAUAUAUUCGUGGGGUGCGCGGAAGGUAUAGUGCGGUGUUUCGCGCCAAAUUCUCUACAGUAUGUCACCACAUUGCCGAGAACGCAUUAUUUGGGCGUCGAUGUGCAACAGGGGACUAACAUAAGCCACAUGUUCUCGCAGCCGGCCGGGGCGCGGUACCCGGACGCGGUGGCGCUGACGUACGAUGAGCGGAACCACAAGCUGACCGCCGUCUACAACGACCACAGCCUCUAUGUAUGGGACGUCCGGGAUAUUAAACGAGUGGGAAAAUCCCACUCGGCCCUGUACCACUCGGCCUGCAUCUGGGGCAUGGACGUGGCGCCCGGGGCCGGCGACCUGCCGCCGGGGACCUUCCUCACGUGCUCCAGCGACGACACGGUUCGCGCUUGGCAGGUCCAGCCGCAGGCCCAGAACAUAUACAGCAAUGAACUGACCAAAGUAAUAUACAUCGACCCGGAACUGAAGUUUUUGAAGGACUAUGAUUUAACGGCCACCAGCGAUAAGGACAAGUCCAAAUCUUACGACGACAAGACUGGAGUCAGAUGCGUGCGAGUGUCACCUGACGGCCGUCAUAUAGCGUCCGGUGAUAGAGCGGGCAACGUCUGGGUACAUUCUGCUGCUGGAUCAGCGUUACAUACCUUGGAAGCUCAUGAUGCAGAGGUCUUGUGCUUGGAGUACAGCGCCAAGCCAAGAUUGCUGGCAUCAGCUUCCAGGGAUAGGCUGAUUCAUGUCUUCUUAGUUGAUAAGGGUUACCAAAUACUCCAGACCUUGGAUGAACACUCUUCCUCCAUCACGGCUGUAAGGUUUCUGAACUCAGGAGCUCAUCUUCAAAUGGUAUCGUGUGGCGCUGACAAGACUAUACUCUUCAGACAGAUACGCACGACGUCAGACGGCAGUUACCAAUUCGCGCGGGGUCAAAAUGUCUCCGGACGAACGACAUUGUACGAUAUGGAAGUGGACGCUGGAGGCAGACACAUACUAACAGCUUGUCAGGACCGUAACGUGCGAGUGUACAGCGCAGCUCAAGGGCGGCACACGAAGACGUUCAGGGGAACUACGGCCGAAGACGGCACACUAAUAAAGGUGGCGUUGGACAGUAGCGGCAUCUAUUUAGCGACAUCCAGCACAGAUAAAAUACUGAGCGUGUACGAUUAUUACUCGGGCGAGUGCAUGGCCACUAUGUACGGACAUUCGGAAAUUGUCACUGGACUCAGGUUCACCCCCGACUGCCAACACCUAGUUUCCGCAUCCGGCGACGGCUGUAUAUUCGUGUGGCGGGUACCUCACGAUAUGGUGGUCACAAUGCGGGCUAGGUUGGCGCAACAGGCCAUACGGCAAGGGAAGAAAAUUCCCAGCUCGACUAACGGCAUGUCGAUGGAGAGUGAAAGUGAAUCUCAACUGGGCUCCCCUCCGAGGGAAAUCGCCGACGGACAAUUCUCAACUCCAGUCGUUCCGGAUUAUACGUUGCGGAUAGGCAGACUGCCGACGUGGGCCAAGAAGAGCCUGGGAGACUCGCAGCCGGCCGCCGCCGCGCCCGCGCCCGCGACUCCGCCCGCGCGCGGCAAGUGGGCCGCCAGGAUACAACCUGCUGACAAACGCGACUCGGAUGGAUCGAAAGACAGUUCUUUGGACAGCGGCACCGACACCAGGUACAUCGAGCGGAGGCCCCAGCACGCCAAGCAGCGGCCGAAAUCCCUCAACCUGAGCCAGCUGCCAAGAGUGGCGGCUUUAUUCGAGAACUUUGACAGAUUGGCCAAUUCCAUACUGUCCCCGAGGGCGCACAAGGUAACAAUAGUAACAAACGCGCGAGACGGUCGCACAAGACAUCAUACUGAUGAUUCGUCGCUCGGCAGCUUUAAAUAUGAGGAUCAAGAAUCUACUGAACAUGAUGGUGACAUCGAAGAUAUUUCUGACGGGGAAAGGACUUCUUCUUCGGAGAGUCGCAACAGACCGACUUAUUAUCCUGGGAAUAAUGAUGAUGAUACGCCGGGUGAAUUCAUGGUAAACGCGAUGGACGCAGAAGAAUUAAGACAAUCAGUGAGAAGAUCUAAGAGGUGGAAAGCUGAUUCUCCAAGAUUAGAACUACCGCCAAGUGGUACCUCCCUCAGUGGUUCCGGCCACGAUUCUGAUGAUGACGAGGUAUCGACACCUUCGGGUGAUAACGCCGAUCGCAAUCCCUUGUCCGGCUCUUGCGAAUCCCUGGACACGGCCGGGAGACGCGAAAAAUACCUCAAAUCAGCUUUCGAUAGUUUGAGUGGCGCCGAAAUGGAAACUGCACUCAGUGGAGGAAAUACAUCACUAUCGGCGCAGCACUUAUCCCGAGCUCCAAUCCCCCCCGCGCGCCCCUCGCAGACUCCGCCCGCCCCUGCCCCGCGCACCCCCCGCCACGUAGACCCCGAGGCUGCCAGGAGGAGGGAGGAACUCACCAGGAGGAUCCUGGAGACUAGGAGGCAGUUGGAGAACGUAGCCUUCCGUUCCAACCUUAAGUCCAGUCAAUCGACCACCGACCUAUCUUACUUACCCGAAAAAGAUGGAUCAAGACGAAAUCGACCCAUCUCCAUGGCUGUGCCUAGCAAUAACAGGAAUUAUGGACACCCCAUCCCCUGUCCAGAGGAAACCCUGGACAGUCUAAAUUCCAAUUACUUCGACAGCCUCAACCCCUACCCUAAUGUCAACAUGGACUAUAGAAACAAAAACCCUUACGCCAUUCCCGCGAAUCUCAACAAACUAAUACCUGAUUAUCUAGAUAAUAUAGCUCCUUAUGUGCCACCUCAUGCUAACGUCGGAAUAACACAAAAUGAAAAAAGAACUAUGAAUUUUACUCCGUACGGAACUAAACCUAUGGUUUUCAAAGAACAGCUGCCACAGAAACCUUUAGCUUUUACCAUAGAUAUGGGGAAAAAGGUACAAUCUAAAGUCUUUAAUAGAUUAUUCCCAGCACAAGAUGACAAGGAACCGCCUAAAAUUCCACCCAAAAAUUUCACAUUGAAUUUAAAUAAACAUGAAGAUAAGCCACAGGCGAAACCUAAGCCUAGUGCUAGGAGUAUAUUCAAAAAUUAUAAGUCUUGUCCUGUUUCUCCUGUUUCUGAAGAGUGCAAAUGGGCGGAUAAAGCUCAGAAUAGCCGAAAUCAAGAAAAAAUCGAUCCGAAAUCUCAAUCGAACUCGUUAGAUCCCAAAAAGAGAAAUUCGUUGAGUUUCUUCGUAGGUUUUGAUGGUAAGAAUAUAAAGGAGAGUGGCAAAAGUAUUGUAGAUACAAUAAAAAGUGACACUGAAAAGAUGAUUGCGGAAAUAACUAAGAAAUAUGGGGAUUUGGACGAAUUUGAUACUAAUUCUGAUUUAGAUCUACAUCCUACUAAAGAUGUUGAAGAAAGAGAUGAUGGUAAUUUCUCAUCGGAUUCUUUAGAAGAUUGCAGUUUGAGCCAAGAUGCAAGUUGCAAAAAUAAAUUGUAUUCCAAAAAGAUCUGCAAGAAGCACAGUAAAAAUAAAGCUCCAAGAAGAACUGUGUCUAAUUAUGAAAUAUGCAAUGUUAGCGAAAAACCAGCAGUGCCAGCUAAACCUUCUUAUAUCGGCCAGAAAAGUUCCACUCUACCUCGUAAUAUGCCGUCUAAUCUUGAAGACAUUAUGGACGAAGAUUCUAUGAAUUACAAUUACUCUAACAUGUACAGGUGCCAAAGUGUGUUGACUAAAAGAUGCGUUACGCGUUCAAAUGAAUCUAUGCUUAGUGAUCAUUCGAACUGUUCGAGCGUGUCCAACGAAAUUUUCUUGAAAUAUGGUAAUGAAGUAGCAUUCCAGCAAGCUAGAUUUGACAGUCGAUACAAUUUGAACGAUUCACAGAAUUGCUCAUAUGAAAAUAUCAAUGAACCUGAUGAGAAAUAUCUGGAAAAUCAUAGACAUAGUAGUGCCAGUUUCUUCCUCAAUCAAAAGAAGUAUAUGAAAUCUAGUUGUAGUCAAGAAUCAGUACUUUCAGAUGAGUACCUUGAUAAUGACAAUCAGUUGUCUAGAACCAACUGUAACUCACUUGAAAGUGUAUUAUCAGAUGAUUCCGAAUGCACUAAAAGCGCACCAUUAGAAAUGUUAUUUGAAGGGACUAAGCCUAAACGACAACAAAGAAAUCCAGGUGUAGGAAUACCCAGAAACAGUAAAAGUUGUUAUGAAUUUGAUAAUACAUCGAAAAGUUACGGUUCUAGUCCUAAUAAUGCUCCAUAUUUCGGAGGAUAUAUGUAUAACAAUUAUUUUGAAGGCACCAGUCCUAAAUACAUAGAUGCUGCGCCGGUACGCAACACUCCCAAACCGCCUACUAAUAAAGUUUAUGGAUUUGAAGUACCAACCAAUGACAUGUCUGAACAUAAAACUGUCACUAGGUCCAGAAGUUUAUAUGAUUCUUCUUCUAAACACGCACCACCGCCUGCUAAAAAUAUUGCUUAUUAUAUCGAUGGAAGUAACAUACAGCAAUAUACAAAAGAUAAGAAACAGACGGACGAAAUACCUAGAUUGAAUUCAGCAGAUUACAGAGCCAAUACUAGUAAGUCUUUACAGCCUAAGUUUGCUGAGAAACAUAAAUAUUCCUGUGAAAUGGAAGGAUGUGAUAAUAAAGCUAUGGUAAAGUCAAAGAGUUGUAGUUUUGAAGUAGUUUUAGAGCCGGCUUCUAAACCUAAUCCAUUGAAAAAUCUAAUGGAAAAACGCAACUCCCACGUGCAGAAAAAUUUAGAAAAGUUUGAAGAGCAAAUUCGUAAAAAUGUGCAAAAUAAAGUCAGCAAAAAUCAGAUCAACAAGGAAAAGGCUAAUGGCAAUAAGUUUAAUGCAACUAAGAGUCUUGAAAGGGGAUCUCAGAAAAACAAUAAUGGAAAAAUUACUAUGGAAUUCGUUCCACACAAACCUCCGAAACCUAUAAAGAGAACGUCGUCUGUUAAAAUAAACAAUCGACUGAAAGCUGGCUUAGACAAAGCCAGUCUUAGUUCUUCGAUAUCUUCCCAGUAUAAAGCCAAAUUAGAUGGUUUACAAAAUAAGAAUUACCUUAGCAAUAAGAAAAACGGAGAUAAGAAUUCCAAUACGGUUGAUUCUUUCGACAAUUCUGAAAAGACUUUUGACGUUUUUGUUAAAGAAAAAGACGUGAAUGAGAAUAAAUCUGAAAUUCAAAUGGAUAGUUUAGAAGUUUAUGCUAUGCAGAGAAUAGAGCGAAUGAAGCAAGUAAGUAUGGAUUCGCUAGAUGUGAUAGAAGAUAAUAACGAUUUUGCCAAAGAUUCUUUAGAUUAUUAUGCUGAACAAGAAAAUAAGUUUUACGGGAAAUGUAUUAAGGACCACAUAAAUAAGAAGAUAUCAAACGAGAGAGAUUUUGCUGAGCCGUGUCAUAGCCGUCAUGAGGCGAAAGAAAACAUAGCACCCAAAGAAAUGAGUGACGAGUUAAAGAAAUAUAAAUAUAUUGAAAGAAAAUUGGAAAUAAUCAACAAGUUAGUUGAAAUGGAGGAAAGAAAGAUAUUACAAGAAAAAAUACUCAAAGAAUGGCGCAUGAGACCGCUAAAGGCUAAUAUAAAUGACGGGACAGGUGUGGUCAAAGUAUUAUCACAGAAAUUUGAAAAAUUAGCUACCAAACAGACGACAGUUCCUAAUUUCGCAUCAUUAACUCUAGAAGAGGCUGACACGGAUACGGAACCUAAUUCGGAGAAUAAAGAAAUUAAGAGAAAUUUAAGUCUUCCAGACAUUUUGGAUUCUGAACAGAUUGGUAGUCUAGUUCAAGAAGAAAUAGAAAUACCUAAUGAAGCAGGCAAUGAAAAUGUAACCGAUAACACAGAAGUAAUACUAAAUAACACAGUUAACACAGAUUCGAUCAACAUACCGAAAAGUCUUAAACAAAGAGUAUACAACGAAAUGGUAUUUCCUAAAACUGAUGUACAUUUAGACAGUGAAAAUUACGAAUCGUCGACUACAAGUUCGAGUUGUACUAACUCACCGAAAAGACUGUCUUUCUACGGAUUUAACAGAGCGAAAACUCCGUUUAGGAAGAUCAUUAGAGUGCCAACUCCAAGAUUGUGUAUGGAGAAUAAGAAUUUUCCAUCUACAUGUAGAAUCAGGCCAGUUAUAUAUUCGGGGAAUGUCUUAAGGGGUUCGUGCUUGGCUAAGAGGCUGCCGAUACUAUACCCCGUGUUACCAUCGAAGUUUUCACCAACUCAAGCCCCAUCAAAACCCGCGCCACCGCCGAACACGAACAAAUCUCCGAGCGGCUUCGCGCGCCCGCCGACCCGACACACCAAGUCUAACAUGACUAGGAGUUCUAGCGUCGGGGUGUUAAAUAACCAGAGUGAUUCAGAAUCGGACCCGCAGCCGUCCCGCCAACAACCCAGAGCGCAAGGUCUCAUGAGGCCAACAAUCAGUUCUAUGAACAAAGCUGCGGCGAACACUGCCAGGAGGCGGGGCCUAGCUAACGCUUAUAGCGCCGUGUCGCUAUCGACCGCCAAUGCUGAGGAGUCCAGUUCGGAGGCCGAGGGGCAGGGGGAGAAGAAUGGAAGGCCUAGGGCUGGGUCUAUCGACCAGAGGCGAAUUGGUCGCAGCGGCAGCGAAAGGGAUUUAUCACAGAAGGCGCGGGAAGUCACCGCACGGCUCACUGCUACGACCAGACAUAGGACUAAGCCUGAUCUCCCACCAGAGGAUAAUAUGACGUCAUCGCAGCUAUGUUCAGCGUUGACUGAACAGCUGACCAAGACAGCGUGUAAAGUUGUUCAGUUGUACGCGAGUUUGCAGCGGGAGGCAAACGCAGCGGCCGACAUUAGUGGUCUAGAAGCAGCUAUAGUUGAAACCCAGAAGGUGCUCCGCUCAGCAGUCGCACGGAACGGCAACGAAGCUCUAAGCUCAUUGUCCUCAGAGGGGGACUUCAGAGAUGUGGACACGGCGCGACAGAAACUGGAGCAUCUGUCUAAAGAGGCUAAUAAUCCGUCCAGCCCGGCGCUGUCGUUCUUCGACCAAUACUCCGACAUCUUGCUCCACAUGAUGCAGAACAAAAUGACGCACAGUCUCCCGCCGCAACCGGACCAGCACAGCUAGUAGGACUAACGGUAGGACUUACACAGUAGGACCUGGAGGCACUAUCGAUAGUUGAACAUUUUUAUUAUCUUAGAUCUCGACUAUCGAUAAUCUAAUUUUCAAAAUAAUAACGAGUCAUUGUAUAUUUUUUUUUAAAUAUUGUGAGAAAUUAUAGAUCGGAUAUUCAGAUGCAUAUACAAAUACACAUUAUAAGUUGAUUGACAUAAUCGUAUAUUAAAGCAUAAAUUUGCAAACUGUAAUUCCUUUGUAUACAGAUGACCAGAGGUCUGUUCCGGCUUCGCUCGGGUAAAACCAUAAUAAAAAAUUGUCUAUGUCACACCAGAAGGUUUCGUUCAUUCUCUGUGCCAAAUUUCAUCGAACAGACAGACGCGGCAAAGGACUUUGUUUUAAUAAUAUACUAGCGGCUCGACCCGGCUUCGCUCGGGUAAACACAACAUAAAUUAAUACAUCUAACUUAAAUCUUCCUCGGAAAUCACACUAUCCGUUGGUGAAAAUCGCAAGAAAAUCCGUGCAGUAGUUUUUGAGUUUAUCGCAAACAAACAAACAGACAGACGCGGCAAAGGACUCUGUUUUAAUAAUAUAUACAUCUGAAUAUCCAGUCUUCACAACAAAUGAAUAUGAUAAUCAUCACGAAACAUAUUCAUUUUGUUGUCGGAAAGGAAUUGUGGUAUACUCUGGUUUUAUUCUGAGAAAUAAAAUUAAAAGAGGAAAGGUGACGUCAGAGAAAUGUAAUCGAAAAUGAACCUCAAGUCUUAGUUAUACGGUUCAAAUUAAUAGUUUUUAAAACAUGCUUUUUCUCAUGUGAUUUUGAAACGGUUGAUUUUGUUUUGUCUAAAAUAUCUGUUAUAACACAUUUUUUUUUUCUAUUAACUUUUCUUUGACAUGCGCCUAUAUAAGAAAAUAUAGUAUUAAUUAUAUAUUUUAACGAAAUUACGAAUACAAUCAGAGUUUUUUUUUUUAAUAGUCAAAUUUAGACUGCCAUACAUAUUAUUGCAUUUAAAAUUCCAUUCCAAUUUUUUUAACCAAUUUUAUAUAUGUAUAUUUAGAAAAAUUGUUAAUUCGUUGUUGAUAAAGCACACAUUUUUUGAAAUAUUCUAGUUAAAACAAUCGUAUAACGUUUUUUUUUUAAUUUGGACAUUUGAAUUAAUUAUGUUUUAUAUGGACAGAGUUGGUUUGAAUUGAUAAAAGUGUCAUUUAUAACACAAAUAAUUAAUUUUAUAAUUUAAAAAAAAAUCAAUAAUCGAAAAUUCUUGUUAUAAAAAAAAAAUAUGUUUGACGUAUAAUUUUGUAAUAUUUACGCUUUGAAGGAAUUGUAAAAUACGGGUGUAUGUAGUUUUUAAAAUUUUCGCUUCCAGCCCAUAAGAAAUUCAAAUUAACUUGACAUUGACAAUGUAAAAUCAGUCUUAUUACUGACGAAUUACUGUGAGCAGUGCGGAAACAAACUACCAACAUAAAGGCAAUAAGUAUAUAAAAGACAGCUAUUUAAACUAUGUCAAUGCCCAAAUAUAGAUUAAAAAUGCACAAUUUGUCCACGAAAUGAGUCUUAAGAUAUCUAUAGUUCGUUUUUUUAGGCAUUUAAUAAAGGUAAACAAUCUUGACAAGUCUUUUUUUAAGGUAUAAAAUAUUUUAUUUGUAAUGUCAAAAUCCACACGAACAUUACAAUUUAGCUAGCUAGCUAGGCCAAUUUUAGUGAAAUAUUAGCUUAGAAGUCCCCGUGCUUCAUCCAGGUGGAGAACUUAGGUGAAGCACGGGUCCGGACCCGAAAUAUUGAAUACAUACAGUCAAUGACCCGAGGAUGUUUAACCUACUACCACGGGCGCAGCUGCAGUCAACAUCAAGUAUUACAAUAAAAUUAUAGUGUCAAGAUUGUGUACAUUUUAUUUAAAGACUUAAAUCUAUUUUAAUAAUAGAUCGGCCACGUUGUUGUCGUUCUUUUGUGGCAGGAACUUCAUAUGUAACAGGUACAAUCACGUGCAAUUAUACAAAUACGCAAGCAUUCAAUUUUAAACUUUGUCCCUCCGGAAUAAGAGUUAUAAUAUAUUAAUGUACGUGAUUGUACUUCGCGCAUUUGCCAACGGAUCUUGCGUCCUAAUGAAAUGUACGUCACAUGAAACUUAUGAAUAUUAUUUGAAUAUAGAAUAACAUAUACGUGUGUGCUCUGUUUGUUGAUUAUUUAAGGAAACAUAUUUUUUUUUUCAUUUUAAACGACGCAUGGAUUUUUGUGAGAUCAAACGAAACUACGAUUUGAUUGGUCAAGUUGUGCGUCCAUAUUGUAGUGCAAGUAUGAAAAGUUCACUGCAGUGUCUAAGUAUUCUGUCAAUAUGUCCGUAAACUAGAUUUUUACUCGAAAAAUAUGUUCUGUAUUAUAUUUCUUUUCCAUUACUACAAAUCCUGUAAAAUAUCAAGUUGACUAUUAUUCUUUGAGACAUUUUUAAUAGGUUUUAAUUUUAACCCCUCGAACUUGGAGAUAAUAAACACAAUUGAGCAACAAUAGUAUCUCAGUCGGGCCGCGCGAGAACUGAAAGUGCACUAAUCAAAAACUUUUUUUUUCACCAUUCGAAAAUAGUUUACAAACAGAAUAAAACAGGAAUUAUGCGAAAUCGUCCGGAAGCAAUUGUUAUUAUAGUUUUAAGUAUUCUUCUUAUUGUCACAAACUCUAGAUGUAUGUGUGAGUGUGUAUAUGUAAAUAACACUGAAUGGUCGUGCAUGAUAAUGUUUAUAAUAAUAAGUAUAGUCUCUGAUGUCCACGAGACUUAUUUUUGACUAAUCGUAAUCGUCAAUUUUGAAACUUUUCAAUUUGCACGAUAGUGCACGAUUGGUGUUUACAUUACAUCUGAAAUGUUCACUUGAUUGUAUUUGGCACGAUCUAAUGAUGUUUAUAACUGUUUCCACGUAAGGAAUUCUCUGAAAAGAAAUCAGAGGUGUUUUUUUGAAAUGUGAGUUAACCCGUUGAUCGUGUAGAAUGGAGACACAAUAGAUAAACAUUAGUUUGCCCGGCGUGUUUGCACCGGUUCGUAAGGUCGAUGUAAAAAGUAUAAUGAAACAUGAACAGUAGUAAUAGAACACACUAUGUGAAAAAACUUAUGCAUGUGAAAAAUAACGUGCGUUAUUCGUAGAAGUUGUCCACUGUAGUAAUAAAUAAAAAUAUAAUGGACAAAAUCUCGUGCACAAAAUAAACACGCCUCGUGCGCUAUCGUGCAAAUAAUUUACCUCUUCGGCCGGAGCGUGUAUGGCACUAUUCAUAGGAAUUAUACCUAACUGUAAAAAUAGCUCAUGUAGAUACGUUAUUUUUAUUAAAUGUUCAAAAAUUGUUUUGCCAUUUGUGAAGACUAAUUAUUAAUUUACGAUAUUAUUCGAUUAUUUGUUUAUCUUUUUUUUAAUUUGUUUAUAUUAGGUUACCUGAACAUUUAUAAUAAAUUAAUUUAUACUUC